AUGGGAUCACGAAGAAAUAAUUCUGAAUCCGAAAAAUUCUGGUUUUGCAUCGGGUUAGGCCCAAGUACAAUUAUCGCGUCUCUUUUAUGGCUGGUGGAAGGUUGUUUGAUGGUGGGCUUGAUGUUGAUGGCAUUUUUCUCUAAUAAUACGAGCAUUUUUGGAGUAUCAAGGUUUACACCGUUCGUCUUGCUUUUGUAUUUCAUAUUCCUUACGGCUCUCAGCAUAUUUGGUCUUAUCUC